UGCAGUAGUGGGGUGGUCUGAGGUUUUUCCCAGUGGAGUGACUGUGGUCCUUGAUCGUGGUCCUGGACCUGUGGCUUUCUGUGCCUCUGUCCAGUCUGUCCCUGGCCACUGGAUGCCAGGUUGAUGCCAGGUCACCAUGAUGCCCUGGAAGAUGGUCAUUUUUGUACUAUUCUACUGCAAUAUCAACACAUGUGUCACUUAUCGGCGUAACAAAGUGAAGAGAGGGAUGGCAUCAAUGGUGAAGCCCACCUUUCAGAACUCCAUAGAGGAUGUCAAUUUACUAUAUGAGAUCCUGCUGGCUGGCCUGCAGUUUGGAGACGAGCGCACUCUGUUCUCCGUGCAAGACGAGGAGUUGGCCUCCCUACGGAAGACCAGAAAGCUGGAAGUCAUCUGCGAGGACAUCCUGCCCAAAACACUCUCUGACAUUCGUCGCCUGACAUCUGACCUUUCCAAUCACAUGGGCCGCCUGCGCCUGGAGGACUUUGAGCGCACUGUGCUGACCAUGGUGUACACAGCCCAGCGGCUGGCCAACGCUACCACAGACCAGCAGAGAGACUUGUGGGCAGAGUCCUUUGUCAGCUUGUACAGAGCUAUCAAGCUGGACCUGAUAGGCUGA